AUACUGAAUAAUUCCCGCUGUGUUCUUUGCAAUUGAUUUGUAAAAAUAUAGAAUAGGAAAAAUAAAAACCUACAUUUGAAGUGGUUAUUUUUUUAGGAGUUAUUUUAUUUAUAUCCUUCAACGCCGAGAGCGGCGCUGCCUUUGAUUUCCCAUAUAUAUGGUUUCUAGGGGCAUCCGACGGAAAUGAAACGCCAGACCUCACCCGGUGUGCUCACCGAACAUGCGCCGCUCCUAUCCACUGAUGAAGAUGGCAUCUCCACCGUCUCCCUGGAAGACAACAACCCCAAGCCCCAAACCGAAAACGAACCAAUUGGAACAUGCAGGGCAGUCCUGCUAAUCCCGUCACUAUUCAUUCUGAUAUUCCUCCAAGCAUCGAAUAUAUCCGGCAUCACAACGGCACAGUCCAGUAUCGCCAAUGACCUUGAUGCAAGCGGUGAAGAUGCUAUCUGGUUCACGUCUGCGUACCUGAUUUCUAUGGCGAGUCUCUCGCCCCUAAUAGGCCGUCUAUCCCAGAUCUUUUCACUCCGGAGCUGUAUCCUAUCGGCCGCCGUGCUUUUCGCUGCCGGCGGCCUCCUGUCGGGCCACGCACGCUCUUUCAAUACCUUCAUCUCCGGCCGCAUUCUCAGCGGUGCAGGCGGCGCGGGCGUUAUGACACUAGUCCUGAUCCUUGUGAUUGAACUGGCCGGGACGAAGCGUCGUGGUUUGUUCCUCGGGAUCACAAACGCCGGCUUCACGACGGGCGUGGCCCUUGGUGCGGUGGUUGCUGGGGGGUUAGUCGGCGUCACGGGAUGGAGACCGUUGUUCUGGGGACAGGCGCCGCUUGCCGCUUUGGCUGGCAUGGGCAUAUUUUGGGCGAUCCCCUCACGGUUUGGGUCGACUUCUGCUCAGGGUGGGAAGACCCGAAGUUUGGCGUAUAAAUUUGCGCACGUGGAUUACUCGGGCGCGGCUCUACUCACUUCCUCGCUCGUCCUCUUCCUGCUCGGCCUUACGUCCCCGAAAAUCCAAUACCUCCCCAUUCUCACCUCACCUGUCGUCCUCGCGCUCUUCGUUGCCAACGAGCUCUACCUAGCCCACGAUCCCAUCAUCCCCAUUCCCGUCCUGCGCUCUCGCGGCGUAUUUCUCACCUGCCUUGCCCAGCUAGGCCUUAUGUCAGUGCGCUGGACUGUACUCUACUACGCUCCUGUAUAUGCCCUCGCAGUGCGCAACUGGUCCCCUGCAACUGCGGGAUCAAUCCUCAUUCCAACAAAUGCCGGGUUCGCGCUCGGGGGCCUCCUUGUAGGGGGAUUUCACAUCCGCCGAGCAGGGAGUUUCUACUUACCAACCAUCACAGUUUUCACCAUCUUCGCCUUCGCCGUCGCCCUCCUCGCUUGCUUCGCCACUCCCUCCUCACCAGCCAUUCUAAUCGUCGCCACAACCGCUCUCAUUGGCCUCGCCACCGGCGCAGCCUUAACUUACAGCGUCCCGCAUCUUCUCCAUCUCACUGCCCCGCCCACACACUUCGUCGCAACUUCCCUCUUGGCCACCUUUCGCGCCUUCGCAGGCAGCUUUGGCACCGCCAUUGGCGGAGGCCUGUUCGUGCGCGUCUUGAGACGGAACCUAGAACGGGGGUUUGCGGAGAUAGGGGUGCGGAAGCCCGAGCUGGUAGAAGAGCUCCUGCGGAGCCCGGCAACGGUUGGUGGGCUGCAAGGUGCGGAGGCGGAGGUUGCGAGACUGGGGUAUGUGGUAGCAUUACGGACGGUGUGGUUUUCUGCUGCUGCUGUGGCAGGGAUGGCUAUUUUUGUGCAGGCGGCUGCUGGCUGGAAGAGGGCGGUAGAGAUGGUGCAGGAUGGGGAUGAAGAUGAUGUGUGAUUCUGAUACCACCGUCUCAAGAUGUUUUGGUUGGCACUGGUUGUUCGCCGAAGUGGCGACACACGGCUUUAACUUAUGGGCCGAAUAUCAGACAGAUAGAGCACAGACUAUUUAGAUUAGACAAAUAGAACUAUAGAGACACUCGGCCACCAUUAAGUUGGGCCGAUUCGCGAUGAUAUAAGGUGGAUCACACUUCUUUCCCAAAGCGGUAAGCGUUGCGCUGUCCACCAAAUUCGCUUAAAUUCUUAUUUUGACACCAAUCAUCUGAGAGUAAAGGG